AUGAGGUUGAGCCAGAGUAUUGAAGUGAAAAAGGAGCAGCGCCACAAAAGUAAGAUCAUUGGGUAUAGUACAAACAGGCUGAUGGGGUUUGAGGUGGGUAAAUGUUUUGAUGAUGGUAGUUGGAUAUAUUGUGGAUGGCUCCAGUGCAUUUAUCCUGAGUACAUUAUGCCAUUUACCAACCAAAACAACACAAAUGAGUUUGUUAUUAUGGGACUGAUAAGCCUAAAUACACCUCACAUCUCUCUCUUUGUUAUAUUCCUCUUUAUCUUUUUAGUGACUCUAACUGGUAAUGUGAUUAUUUUGACUGUAGUAUGGCUAGACCAGUCACUUCAAACACCCAUGUAUUUUUACCUCACCAACCUCUCAUUCUUGGAAAUUUGGUACACUGCAACAAUUGUGCCCAAACUAUUAGCCAAUCUGCUGAUGAAGUACAACAAUAUCUCCUUUGCUAAUUGUAUGACUCAGUUAUUUUUCUUUGUCACGUUUGGUGCUUCUGAAUGUUACCUGCUAUUAAUCAUGGCGUAUGAUCGAUACUUAGCAAUCUGUAAACCAUUGUAUUAUCAUAGCAUUAUGAAUACCAGGACAUGCUUAAAAUUAGUUGCUGGUUCUUGGAUAUUUGGUGUUCUGACAGGAUUAAUGCCAGUUUUGCUUAUCUCCCAAUUGGACUUUUGUGGGUCUCGUGAGAUAAACCAUUUCUUUUGUGAUAUUCCCCCUCUGCUGAAGCUGUCCUGUAGUGAUACAUAUUCCACAGAGAUUUCCAUUUUUGUCCUGUCCCUUUUGGUGCUCUUCUGUUCUUUGAUGCUGACGUUGGUUUCAUAUAUAUUCAUUGUCAUUUCUAUAUUUCACAUCAAGUCUUCUAAAGGCAGGCGUAAAACAUUUUCCACCUGUGGAGCUCAUCUCAUAGUGGUGCUAAUAUAUUAUGGCACUAUGAUCUUUAUGUAUGUACGUCCCCACUCCAGCUACUCUUCUGACAUGAAUAAAUUUAUCUCAGUCUUCUAUACUGUUGUCACGCCAGGGUUAAACCCAAUAAUUUACAGUCUUAGAAACAAAGAUGUGAAAGUAUCACUCCAGAAAUUGCUAAGGAGAAUGUUUCAUCCAUAA